UCGUGGUUUGACAUGUGAAGUUUAUUCUGAAAGGUUUGUGACGAGUUUCCGCUGAAUGCUGUUAGCUUUGCAUGCGGAUCUUCUUAUCAGUUUAACGGAUCCAGGUUGGAUCAAAGUUCCGAGAUUUUCCCAUAGACGGAGUCCAGAACCGGACCAGAACUACUUCUACGGACCAGAACCGGCCCGUGUUCAGGUCCCAAAGCCCGGGGAGGCUGAAGUCUCCUCGCCGCCGAUGCUAGCGUUUCUUUAACCGUCCAGCCGUUAGGUUCCGUUGGUCCAAACAUGGAGAAGAACAUCAGCCUGUUCGAUCUGCUCAAUCUGUCCAUCGGUUCCCCUCACAAAAGUUCGGUGAACUUCGGCGCCCUUCACGCGCUGCUGCUGGAGAUGCUGAAGCUACUGGACCUGCGGGAGGCCACGACCCUCUUUAAGUUCAGCCCUCCCGGGGACCGAGUGCCCGACGCCCCGCUGGGUGCUCCGGUGAAGGUUCCGACCCACCCCUCCGUGUCGGACCAGCUGGUUCCGCCCGGUUCCGACCUACAGAAACUGACAGAGUCGGUCUCUGUUCUGGAUGGAACCGGAGGGGACGACUUCCGAACCUCCGGGGACGGAGUGUCACAGGCCUUGAAUCUCAUCGAGGAGCUGCAGAGGAACAGAGACGAUAUGAAGCAGAAGACGGAGCACCUGCAGUUCAAGGCCUCGAACAUCAUUGAAGACCUGCAGAGGAACAGCGCAAAUCUGAGGGAGAAGGCAGAGGAGCUGCAGCACAAGGCCUUGAAGGUCAUCGAGCAGCUGCAGGGCAGCAAAGGUCUGAAGGAGAAGACCGAUCACGGGCAGCACAAGGCUACAGCGGAGGAGAUGGAGAUACAGGUGGGUCUGGAGAACUGCUGCCAACGUCUGGACGUCCUGGACAAGGCAGUGGAGUCCAUUCAGGAACUCUUCCAGAUGUAUCCGGACCCAGAGGAGCUCAACCAGUGUGUGACCUGGGUCCAGUUGGUUCAGAGGGACAUGGAGGUUGAGAAGGACCUGGAGACUUCAGAGGUUCUGGACUGGCCCGGUUUGAUAGAACAGACAGGACCUGAGCCCUCAGCGCUGUACUCCGCUGGCCCUGCGCUGACAUCUGGCACUUCUGCGCCAGCCUCUGGUGUACCAGUUUCAUCCCCAGGUGCCUCUGCACCAUCCUCCCAUCCCGCAGCACCGUUUUCCGGUGACUCUGCAGUAUCUUCUGGUACCACUGCGCCGUCCUCCGGAACAACUGUGCUGUCAACCAGUGUCUCUGCGCCACCCUCAGGUUCCUCUUCACCAUCCUCUGGUGUCUCAGUGCCGUUGUCUGGUGGUCCCCUUCACCCAGAGAGCUCCCCCCUGUCUGCUGCUCCACCUUUUCCAAGCAUCUCUGCUGAGGAUCGGUCCUUGGAAGCAGCAGCAGACUCCACUCAAGCCUCCUCUGAUGGGUCUGAAGGCAGAACAAUCGCUGGGGGCCAGGGCAGCGCCACAGAACCACAACCUGUGACCUCAUCUGUCCUUUCAGGCUCCACCCCAGAGACUGUACCACAACUUGGAGCCCAACUGGAAAUCCAACCUGGAGCCCAACCUGGAAUCCAUCCUGGAGCCCAACCUGGAGCCCAACCUGGAGCCCAACCUGGAGCCCAACCUGGAGCCCAUCCUGGAGCCCAUCCUGGAGCCCAACCUGGAGCCCAUCCUGGAGCCCAACCUGGAGCCCAUCCUGGAGCCCAUCCUGGAACCCAUCCUGGAGCCCAACCUGGAGCCCAACCUGGAGCCCAUCCUGGAGCCCAACCUGGAGCCCAUCCUGGAGCCCAAACUGGAAUCCCACCUGGAGCCCAACCUGGAGCCCAACCUGGAGCCCAUCCUGGAGCCCAUCCUGGAGCCCAACCUGGAGCCCAUCCUGGAGCCCAACCUGGAGCCCAUCCUGGAGCCCAAACUGGAAUCCCACCUGGAGCCCAACCUGGAGCCCAACCUGGAGCCCAUCCUGGAGCCCAACCUGGAGCCCAUCCUGGAGCCCAUCCUGGAGCCCAACCUGGAAUCCAUCCUGGAGCCCAACCUGGAGCCCAUCCUGGAGCCCAACCUGGAGCCCAACCUGGAGCCCAUCCUGGAGCCCAAACUGGAAUCCAUCCUGGAGCCCAAACUGGAAUCCAACCUGGAGCCCAUCCUGGAGCCCAACCUGCUAAGGUGACUUCCAGCGUCACUCCUGCGCCUUCUGCAGGGAUCCGUGGAGAUCUGAAGAGACCUUCAGAAACGCCUGCUGUUCGGCACCAGUGUUUGCAGAUGGAGGAGUUUUUGAAGAACAUCAGGAAGUUACAGGAGAGGGUCGCCCAGCUAGAGGCCCACACAAGGAUUCUGGAGGAGAAGAAGGUGGACUGGGCCGGGUUGGCCCAGUUUAUCAGCUCCAGAGGUGAUGUCAGAGAUUCUCCAGAAGUCCCUGGCAGCACGGCGGGUCAGGUGGAGAACCUGAAGACCGAAGACAAGAAGCCGGAGCAUCUGGAGGACGUGUCAGGUAACCUUGUGAGCCGGGAGACGGGCAUCAGCGCAGCGGCAGUGGCAGCAGCAGCGGCAGCAGCAGCGGCACAUCGUCCUGAUCCAAGGAUUAAAGAUCUCACUCAGCAGGUGUCUGACCUCAGGUCUUCCCUGGUCCAGGUGGAGCAGGAGGUGGAGCUCCUGAAGGAGAAGCAGGCUCAGAGUGAGGAGAGAGCUGCUGAACAUCUGCAAGACCAGCUGAACGACCUGCGGGGGACGUUGGAGGACACCAUUGUGUCUCUGACGUCCCAGCUGUCCAGCAGCCUCCAGCAGGAGGUGGAGCAGGAGACGGAGAAGACAGAGGAGGCGGAGGAGGCGGGAGAGGAGGAGGAAGAGGAGGAGGAAGAGGCAUUCAGCAGCUCGGUGGAGGUGGGCCGGAAGCUCAGCCUGCUGUUCCAGAACUAUGAGCAGCUGGAAGACACGGUCAACCUGCUGGUCCAGCAGCAGCAGCAGGGCGCAGCUAGGGACGGCCUGGACGAGGACCGAGACAUGGGCAGGAGCCUGGACCUGGUGUACGACGUCCAGAGGGCCAUCCAGGAACUGCAGGCCGAGUGCGAGCGCCUGCAGGAGGCAACCAGGAGUCUGCAUGAGGACAACCAGCAGAAACAGGGACACAUCGAGGAGCUCUACAAGACGGCAGAGGAGCUGCAGGUGAAAAAGGCCGACAAGCUGAUGGUGGAGAGCGAGAUUAAAGCGGACAAGCUGGCCCUGGACAGCAAAGUGAGCCGUCUUCAGUUCGACGCGGCGACGGAGCAGCUGACCUCCAUGUUCCAUGAGCUGCUCAACAAGAUGACGGGUCAGGAGCAUGACUGGCACCAGCUGGUGGAGAAGCUGUCCACCGACAUGGAGCUCAAGCUGAACCGAAUGGAGUUGGACUCGGUGAAGCUGCAGCUGGAGGAGCGCUGGCGCAGCAUCCUGAAGAAGCUGCAGACGCAGAGCGCGCCACUGGAGGACGACGCCGCCGGCAUCAGGAAGAAGCUGCUGGAGCGGUUCCACUGCCUGUCCUGUGACCGCGUCAUCGUGAAGCAGACCCCCGGCCCCAUCGUGCCAACGCUGCCGACGUUCCCUCCUUUCCCCCUGCCGAAGUCCGCCCGGCCCUGGACCAUGGAGCAGAUCCGUCAGCACUACCGCAGUCUGACGCCCGGAACCAGCCAGCGCCGGGUCCAGCUGCAGAAGAACCACGCUGACAUGCUGCGGCAGUUAAACAGCAUCGAGCGCCAACGCCGCCUCCGCCAGCGCCCCAACCAGGUCGCCGAGUCGCCAGCCCGACCGGCCGGUGUGUCGCACACCAGCACGUCUGCGAGUCAGCGCCGCAGCGGCCCGCAGCACCACCGACUGUCGAUCCGGGCCGAGGACCUGAUGCAGGAAGCAGACAUCAUUGGACGAGACGGACGGAUCUACAAAGGACGCUUCAGCAUCGGCCAGCUGAAGAGCCCAGAAACCAAGCUGCCCGACAUCGUCUCCAAAGACGGUAAACUGAAGGGGAAGACCAGGAGCAUUCCCAAAGCCCCCGCUGCGUCUCCGGAGGCGGAGCUGAGCCCUCUGGCCACGCCCCCGUCUCUCAGCACCAAAAGCCUGCAGCCGAGCCGACCAGCCUCCAGCGGUUCUAGUCCGGACUGGGCCGUGUCGCCUCUGGGCUCCGUCAGUCCACUGUCAGCGGCAGAGAGCGAGCCGCUCGGCCUGUAGGGGGCGGCGCUGAGCCGAAGCGCUGCUACUAUUAUUUUCAGAUCAGUUCAGGAAUAAAGCUCACUGAACACGU